AUGGACUCUAAUGCAGUGCAAGUGAAUCAGCGAAGAUCCGCCGGUUACCUUCCCACUGUUUGGGAUCCUGAAUUCAUUAAGUCCUUGAGCCUUCCCUAUGUGUAUGAGAGUGAUGGCACUCGUCUGGAGGAGCUGAAACAAAGUGCUAAGUGCUUGUUUACAUCCGUAAAUGAACCUAAAGAAAAAUUAGAUCUGAUCAACACAAUUCAGCGACUGGGAGUGGCAAAACACUUUGCACAAGAGAUCCAGGAGGUUCUUGAUCUUGUUAAUCCGUAUAUUGUCAAUGAUCUCUAUACUGCCUCCCUUCAACGUCGGCUCCUGCGUCAGAAUGGUUCCUCCACUAACUCGGAUGUGUUUAACAAGUUCAUGGACAGUGAUGGGAAGUUCAAAGACAGCUUAAGAGAAGAUGUGGCUGGGUUGUUGAGCUUGUAUGAAGCUUCUUACGUUGGGUUGCAUGGAGAAGAUGUUCUAGAGGAGGCCAACAAAUUUAGCACUAAACAUCUAGAAUUGGCAAUGGAGAAGUUGGAUAAAGAUUUAGCAGAGCAAGUGAAAGAAUCACUUCAAGUUCCACUAUAUUGGAGGUUACCAAGAAUCGAAGCUCGAAACUUCGUCAAUAUCUACCAAAGGGAUAGUAAAAGGAACUUGGAUUUGCUCGAACUUGCUAAGUUGGACUUCAAUCUCUUGCAGUCGGUUUACGUCAAGGAGCUAAAGAAACUGUCAGUGUAA